AUGAGCAACUAGCUGCUUCAACAUGCAUUUCAGCUUGUGUGACAAAAAUAUUCAAUACAUUAGUCGAUUAAGUAGGUGCUCUGGCAGAUUAUUCGGUAAUUAAAAUCGCAUUUACAAAAAGAAACUAGACAGUCAACUGAAGGUGGUAUUAGCAUAAUUGAUAUAUUAAUGUUUAUAAAAACAUGAUUAUUCCUCAUUAAAACUGUAUUAACUUAACUGCGUCCUAAGUGAACCUCAGACCCAACUAAUCACAUUCAGGGCUGCAUAAAAACUUUCCAGCGAAUAAUAAAUUUGGACAGCAAGCAGUCGAUUUGCAAUAUUUCAGUGAAUUUUCCAGUUGCACGCAUUAAUCGAUCGAAAUGUGGAUUGUUCUACUGUUACCGAUCGUCGCCUACAUUUUCAUUCAAAUCGCUUUUUGCCGAGUAAAAAGCCAAUCAAAAUACUUGCGAAAUGUGCCGGGAAAAAGACCGUUUUUGAUUUUUGGUAAUUUGCUGGAUUUCCUGCCAGGAUCCAUUGUUUUCCUCGAUAAUCUAAUGGGGUAUUUGAAAACCUAUGGGGACACCAUUCUUUUUCAUGAUGGAUCGUUCAGCUGGAUUUUGCUGUCUAUUGAUUAUGAAUUUAAUGAGUUUUUGUACUCAUCAUCAGUUCACAUCGAAAAAUCCGACCAGUAUCAAUUUUUCCAUGGAUGGUUUGGACAGGGUCUUCUCACAAGCUCUGGUUCCACAUGGAGAAAUCACCGAAAAGUGAUAACGCACUCCUUCCAUUUCUCCAUUCUGCUACAAUUUAUCGACGUUUUCGACAGCGUGGGCGACAAUUUAGUGAAAAAGCUGGAAUCUGAAGCUGGAAAAGACAGUGUUGAAAUAUCCCAAUUGAUCUCUUUAUACGCCCUGGAUGUAAUUUGUGAGGCUGCAAUGGGGGUGAAGAUUCAAGCGCUUGAAGCGGGCAAUUCGGAAUACGUGAAGAGCAUCAAGGAAAUGUGCAAUAUUGUGGUUGAUCGCGUUUUUUCGUUUAUCAGUCCGCGCCUCUACAAGCUAACUUGGACUUACUAUAGGGAGAAAACGGCUCUUAAGAGCAUCCAUAAGCACGUGGAAGCAGUCAUAUCCAAGCGGAUCGAAGAAUAUAGCCAGAAAGCCGAAAAAGGCUCCCAAGCUGAUGAAUUUGGUGCUAAACGCCUGGCUUUCCUGGAUAUGCUUCUGGAGGCCAGAAUUGACGGAAAACCUUUCUCCAGGAAGGAGCUGAGGGACGAAGUGAACACUUUCAUGUUCGAGGGCCACGAUACAACUUCUUCAGCACUCUGCUUCGCCCUAUUUUUGAUUGCCACUCACCCAGAAGUGCAGGACAAACUUUUCAAAGAGCAAACCAAAAUUUUUCCUUCGGRCUGGAAAAAUGUGCGACCCUCACACAAGCAACUGAUGAAAAUGAAGUAUCUGGACCUGGUGAUUAARGAAACCCUUCGCUUGUUUCCAUCAGUGCCCUUUUAUGGGAGGAAACUGGCACACGAUGUAGAGUUUAAAGGAAUCCUCUACCCCAAGGGGCUGACAGUGGGGCUAUUUCCGUAUGGUUGCCAUCGGAGCCCCAAAUAUUUUCCGGAGCCCGAGAAAUUCAUCCCCGAAAGGUUCGAAAACUGGAGUGGAAAACUGCCCUAUGCCUACACACCGUUCAGUGCUGGCCCUAGAAACUGUAUAGGUCAAAAAUUCGCAGUACUCGAAAUGUUGGCAACUUUAUCCAAAAUCGUCCGCAAGUUCAAGCUGGCGCCAGCAAAGCCCGAGCACAAAAUCCAGCUGGCCGCCGAAACGAUUUUAAUUUCCAAAAACGGAGUGAAGAUUGCAUUGGAGAAACGAUAGAUAUAGAUUAAAAUCGAAGCAAUGAAUAAAUAAACUUAAAUUUGUGUGUA